CAGGUGGAAAAUAACAACAUUGACUUUAACUGAGUGAAAUUGCCCUUAAGUGGUCGCUCUUGACCCCGCAUUGACUCCUAAAAGCGGUCCGCGGACCAAACUUUGACAACCAUUGCCUUCGACAGCAUCCCACUUUGUAUUUUUAUUUUUUUUUUUUGGGAGAAGACGCCCACGUGACGGAGGAAGCAGCAGCCAGCUCACCGCCGCUGCUCGUUUGAUAGCUGCACGGCGCCGGACGGAGAAGCACGCGGGGCAGAGAGAGACACAGACACAGAGACGUCGCGUGAAGACAAACCAAAAAAAAGGCACCAACCUCCGCUUUUUUUGCAGGACACGAGCACCGCAGACCCCUCCAACCGACACGGCAGGCGCACACCAUGGACGGUUAUGCCCGGACCGAAGAUGAGCUGUUCUCCUCGUGCCUCCUGAACCUCACCUGGGAGAAUUGCUACGAGCAGUGUGCUGCCUUGGUUGGUGAAGACCAGCCCCUCUGCCCAGACCUCCCUGAACUUGACCUCUCAGAGCUGGAUGUCAGUGACUUAGACGCAGACAGCUUCCUGGGUGGCCUCAAAUGGUACAGCGACCAAUCAGAGAUCAUUUCCACGCAGUAUGGCAACGAGGCAUCCAAUCUUUUCGAGAAGAUAGAUGAAGAAAAUGAGGCCAACUUGCUGGCAGUGCUUACAGAGACACUGGACAGCAUCCCGGUGGAUGAGGACGGAUUGCCUUCGUUUGAGGCCCUGGCAGAUGGGGACGUGACCAAUGCCAGUGACCGGAGCUGUCCAUCCUCCCCUGACGGCUCGCCGCGCACCCCAGAGCCUGAGGAGCCUUCCCUGCUGAAGAAGCUCCUUCUGGCACCCGCAAACUCCCAGCUCAGCUAUAAUCAAUACACAGGUGGCAAGGCACAGAACCAUGCAGCCAGCAGCAACCACCGGAUCAGACCACCACCUGCCGUCGUCAAGACGGAGAGCCCCUGGAAUGGAAAAGCGAGAGGGGGCUCCAGCCAACAGAACCGCCCGGUGAGGCGGCCGUGCACUGAGCUGCUGAAAUACCUGACAGCCACCGAUGACAUCCUGCUUCACGCCAAAGCCAGCGACGCCAAGAGCACCUGGGGAGGCGCCGGAAACAGGGACAAGAGCGGCCUGGGUCUCGGCGCCUCGUCCUCCUCCUCGUCGCCAUCCUCAUCCUCCACCUCCUCGUUCUCCUCCCUCUCCUCCACCUCCUCCUCCUCCUCCUCCACCACCUCCAAGAAGAAGUCAGCCGUACCAUCUCAACAGCAGCAGCAGCCGCCGCAGCAUCACCAGCGAGGUGAGAGCCGGGCUGCAGGCGAGUGUAGUGUGGCUGGUGUUGGGGCUGGGAAGUGGCAGCGUUGCACUCACGAUGACGGGGUGGAGGAGUCGGAGGGCGUCUCUAUCCCUGUCGGCCACAGAACCUCCACCUGCGGCCAUGCCCGCCCCACACUGGAGCACGGGCCGCCCAGUGAAGAAGGAAGGCCGCCAGGCGAUGUGGGCCGCCUGGCCGCCGCUAGGUUCAUUAGGUAUAUGCAUUCUUAUUCCCUCCCUCCCCGAGAGGUGAGUCACAGCUGUGAGCAUUGCCGAGAGGCUGCGGGCGCCACUCAGGCUAGCGAGGGCUUUGGCAGGCAAGGCCGUAGUGUCAGUAGUGGUGCCCGCCGUGCGCCGCAUAGGCACAUCACAGUGACUAUUAGGAAAAGAGACGAGAAGAAGGGGCACCCUUUACUUAGCCAGCUGCUCACCUCCAAACAGAGGCCCGCUCAGUAUCAAGCCCACUUAUCCCCACCUAAGAUCGUCCCUUUGCCCAGCGCCCAGAGCCAAUCAGCAGGUAAGAGGUCUGAGAGCCCCACCCAGGCUGAUUCAGAGGCGGAGGAGGAAGAGUCUGAAGGGACUGCUGAUUGUAGAAAGCAGGCGGUAAUUCAGGUUGAACAGCCUGACUCGGGGUCCCUGUUGUCACCCCUCGCCUUCGACUUAGAAAGCUGGGUUAGCCAGCCCGACUCAGAACUUGACAUGGGCUUUGGACUAGAUCUGGGUUGGCUAAACCAUGGGGUGGAUGUUGACCAUGAUGAUGUUGAUGAUGAUGAUGAUGACCAUGUCACGGGCAGCCCCGCAGCGGCGCUCUCACAGAGCCCAACAAGCCCACUCUUCCCAGAUACUAGAAUUGCAGAGCCCGCCCCUCCCUGCAUCACACAAGGGCAAGGGCACCCACACAGGCAGGCACUCAGCGAGCACCCAGACGACCAGGGCCACCCGUUGUUAGCCAAACCAACCACCUUGCCACUUCCUUUGACCCCAGAGUCUCCAAAUGACCACAAGGGAUCACCGUUUGAGAACAAAACCAUUGAACGCACAUUAAGUGUGGAGAUUGCUGGAACCCCAGGUCUGACACCACCAACCACGCCCCCACACAAAGCCAGUCAAGAGAAUCCUUUCAAAGCAUCGCUCAAAACCAAGUUGUCUUCAUGUUCCUCCUCGGCCUUGGCGUGCAAAAGAGCCAGGCUGAGCGAGUCGGGCCCCGGCGCUCUGGCCCCGGCCCCAGGUGCCUCAGGCGGGGGCCCCAUCAGGAAGGGUCCCGAACAGACUGAGCUUUACGCCCAGCUGAGCAAAGCGUCCCCCGCCCUCCCUUAUGCCCAACACACAUCGGGGGGUGGUGUUGAGGAGCAUCACGGUGCUGGCAACAAUAAGCGGGCGGUGCCACGCGGCUACAGUGACCAUGACUAUUGCCAGGCGUUGGCUGGCGCUAAGAAGGACGGCGGCACAGCCACUGUUACCAUGACUACAGCGGUGGACAUAAACGCUGCUGCUCCUUUGCCUCUUGCGGGCAGAUUAGAGGACAGGCAUGUCGAAUGUAAGGACUCAGCCAUGCCGGCGUCCUCGUCAUUAUCCUCAUCUCCAUCUUCUCCAUUGUCAGCUCCAUGUGGUCCUAAGCAGAAACACUUCACCUCUGAAAAAAAAGCAGUCCAGCUUCAGGAAUUAGGCAGGCAGACCCCAACUCAAGAAGCCACCACCGAAGGGGACCAAACUCAUGUCUCCAACACCAGCCGGAAGCUUCUGUGUGACCAGGAAAUCAGAGCGGAACUCAAUAAGCACUUUGGCCCCCCCUUAAAAGCCCUUUACAGCCCGGGUGUCCAGGAGAGAGAACCAGGCAGCAAACCCACUAAAGCUGCGGCCCCUCAGCCCCCAGAGGAGGGAGAGGAUGGCUACUACUCCCAAAGGCUGCCUGGCUCCACCUACCUGCACCCUGGGUUCCUUCCCUUCCACGAAGAGCUGGAGCUCGGCGAGGGCCGCGAGAGUCGCUUCCUGUACCCGUGGGAGGGCACCCCGCUGGACCUACUCUUCGACUGCCCCCCCUGCUCUCCCUCCUGCUCCCCACCAUCCAGCUGCUCCCCCUCACGAGGCUCCGUCUCCCCUCCGUCCUCCCUCCUCCUCUCGCCCGGCAGGCCUUUCUGCUGGACCGGCAGCAGCUCACGCUCCCGUUCUCGUUCCCAGUCUGGAUCUCGCAGCUCGUCAUCGCACUACAGGAGGCGCUCGCUCUCCAGCUCACCUGACAGACGCCCCUCCUCCUGGUCCCGCCACAACACAGAUUCAAGCACUUUUCGUUCCAGGACUCACAAGAGCCCCCACCCUCAGUCUCGAUCUCCUCUCAGCCGCAGGCCAAGGUAUGACAGCUAUGAGGAGUACCAGCAUGAGAGGCUGAAAAGGGAGGAGUACCGGCGGGACUAUGAGAAGCGGGAGUAUGAACGGGCCGAGCAGAGAGAAAAGCAACGGCAGAAAGCAAUAGAGGAGAGACGGGUGGUGUACGUGGGGCGACUGAGGUCCGACUGCACCCGGACAGAGUUGAAGCGCCGCUUUGAAGUCUUCGGCGAGAUUGAAGAAUGUGCAGUAAACUUGAGGGACGAUGGGGACAAUUUUGGCUUCAUCACGUACCGCUACACUUGUGACGCCUUUGCCGCCCUUGAGAACGGACACACCUUACGCAGGUCAAACGAGCCACAGUUCGAGCUGUGCUUUGGCGGGCAAAAGCAGUUCUGCAAAUCGCAUUACACAGACUUGGACUCCCACUCGGACGACUUUGAUCCAGCCUCAACAAAAAGCAAGUAUGACUCCAUGGAUUUUGACAGCUUGCUGAGGGAGGCCCAGCGCAGCCUGAGAAGGUAACCAGUUGAGUGGCACCCGCUGUCUGUCACAAAGAGGGACUUCUGAUACCUCACUGUUUGUUUCUCGCUCCUUUGAACGACGAGACUACCACAAGUUUUACACUCUAUAUCAUAGAGUAUGGAAGAAUUAGUCUAUAGACCUAUAUCAAUAUAAAUGAAUAUAUCAAAAAUAAAGUUUACAUGAACAUAGCUGCUGGAGAGACGGGAAGAGACGAUGCAUUGUGGGAAAAGCCAGUGAACCCUCAGAACCUGGUGCACAGGUUUACUGCUGUACAACCAUCAGUGAACGAAGAAAAAGACAAACUUUGGUGAUAUUUUUUUCUCCAAGCACUACAAUACCCACAAUUCUUUGGGAGCGUAAAACAUGCAGCUUGUUCAGCCAGAUUUUUUUCUUUUGCUGUUUGAUUCUUCUUCCUUUUUUUCUUUGAAAAUCUGGUGUUUGGAUCUAGUGUUACAUUACAAACCAGAGUAGGGAAUUGUAUCUUGGAGGUAAAAUUCUCAAGGUAACAUUGUUGUCUACAUUUUAAGGAGAAAUGUAGCUGUGUAUUUACAAAUACUAUAAAAAGGAAUAUUUUUAUUUUCUGUACAUAUUGGAUAAAGUUCUUUAUUUGUUACAGCUAUGCACUGUAAAAUGCAGCCUUUUUUUAAAAUGACGAGAAAAUUUCUUAAUUCAGAAUGUCGAUCUGUAGUAAUUACAAUACUGUAAGACAUAUUGUACACCUACAUGAUGUUUAGAAGACAUGACAUGAUUGUAAAAAAGAAAAAUAAGAUGCUCAUUUUGAGGGAGCAUGUGAACAAACGUCCUUUUUUAAGUUAUUUUGUUGGGGAAAAAACAGUCAACCAUGUAUAGUUUUAUCUGUUUAUAACGUUUUUUCUCAAUCAGUGUUUUUGCUUAAACAACCAGUGUAAAAUGCAUUUUUAACGUGUUUUUCAUGAUUGUAAAAAAAAGGUACCCCAUUUUUUAGUAAUUAUUUCAGAAGCAAUCACUAUAUAUAUAUAGAUACACUUCUAUAUCUAUAUAUAAACUCAGAUUGAUUUUAUUGCUUUGUAUGAUCACUAAAAGAAAACCUUCAAUCAGUGCAAACACAUAUUUAUGUAUUUAUUUUAAUAUUUGAAUCAAAGCUAUUUAUGGGCUCCAUUCAACAUGGCGUACCUCAUGAAAUUGUUUAUGUUGUCUUUCGAUUUAUGUUAUUUAAAGCUCAAUCACUAGACAGGGUGUACAAUAAUGCUUUCUUUUGGGAUAAUAGUAAUAAUAAUAUUACCUUCUAUGCCUUUCCAGAACAAUCACUCCAUUUUUCUGUCUUUUUAUCAUCUGGUUUUUCUUUCCACACACGUCACGAAGCAAUAAAAUGAUUUCGCGGGAUUUUUUUUUUUUUUACACCACUUGUUAUCGCUCCACUCACGCUUGAUUAUGUGAAUGCCAAACAAAAAGUUUACAAUUUCCUUUUCCUGACUUUUUUAAAGAUCUUGUAUUUGAUGUACAAUAUAAAUAUAUAUGAUGAUACUACUAAUACUAUUCACAAUAAUUACAAGAUGAUUAAUAACAAUAACAAUGAUGAUAAUAUAAAUGACAGAAAAAUAUAUAAAAAGCAAUAAAUUAUUUUUCAGAAUUGUAUUUUAGCUCCUACUGUUGUGUGAUUUUUCGGACUUGACCCAUUACCCAGCCGCUGCUAGCUAGUGCGCUCGCUAGGACUUCAUUCCAGUAUGUCGGCAUCACAUCACCACGUGCGGUAAAAGAUAAAAAAUGUCCUUGCUCUCACUUCUUGGUCUUCCCUUUAAGAUGUAAUUGAGUCUAUGUGAUUGUAAUGCACGCAUUACCUUGUGACAUCUGUGCGAUAAUACGUGACUCUUUAACUCCACCGUAUGUGUAACAAAAUGUGUCGAGUUGUGUGUUGUGUAGUUGCAUGGCUAUUCCAGGAUGAUGUUCCACUUUGGGUAUCUGCGUCUCAGCUGGCAGAUUUUAAAUGACAUUCUAUAAGCCUACAGAAAACUACUCAACGACGUAUCGCAUGCCGCACCACUUCCCAUCACCCACACUCACAAUCCAGAUAUCACAGCCGCCGCUGCUACAUGACAUAAAAGGUAACCUUGCGGUUUCUGGUUCAAUUAAUAUCCCGUUUCUUGCGUGCGCCAAGUAAUGAGAGAACCAGCUUCCAUCACAGGAAGGGGGCUUUUGUAUGAAAGCUUCUGCUGAUCACAGCCUUCCUUUCAUGGGGUCUGACAAGAAAACGGUUAAUUUUAUGAUGCAAAGAGACAAAAAUUGGUGGAAAAAAAGAAUGAAAAAUCCCUUUACCUGUGUUUUAAGACAUUGUUUUACUUUCUGUAUAGCGUUUGGGUAAUGGUGUCGUGUCCCAUUUGAUAGAUGUGGCUUUAAUCAUUGUAAUAAUAAAAAAAAAAUGCUUUGUAAAUUGCCUAGAG